GCAGUUCCCCCUGUCGUGGAGUUAUGUUUGUGUCUUCGGCCUCUCUAUGGUUCAUGCGUUUCUGUGGAGUAGCUUUGCUGCUUAGCAGUGCCUACGGGAUUUCUGGAGAAGGCGACACACUUUUACAAAUAAAAGAGUCGCUGCAUGGUGGUGAAACUAGAGGUUUUCUGCCAGACUGGUCCAACGCUUCUGCUUCAUCAGAUUUCUGUAAGUGGCAAGGCGUCAAGUGCACAUCAACACCAACAUCGCGCAACGUUAUUUCACUUGCUCUGCCCGGCCGAAACCUAUCCGGUCACCUUUCUUCUAUGAUAGGGAAGCUCAGCCGAUUGGAGGAGCUGGACAUUUCGAGCAACAGAUUAUACGGAAGUGUUCCUCCUGAAUUGGGAAACUGCACCCGCCUUCAGCACCUUAAUCUCUCUCACAACAUUUUAAGUGGUGUUAUCCCAUCUGAAAUUGGGAACUGCUCAAAGCUUAGGUAUAUAAACUUUGCCUCCUCUAAUCUGAGAGGCACAAUCCCAUGGGAAAUAGGCAAAUUGUCAAGGCUGCAAGAGUUAGAUCUCUCUGAGAACCAAUUGAAUGGUUUUAUCCCUUCAAGCAUUGGGAAUUGCACGGCCCUUCAAGUAUUUGCUGUUUAUGAAAACAAUUUGCAAGGUCACAUUCCAAGAGAGUUUGGCCUUCUCAGGUACCUGCAAGCUGUGCAGAUGUGGAAGAACCUUGUUUCGGGGCAUCUUCCCGCUGAGAUGGGCGACAUGUUAAUGUUGCAAGAGAUAGACGUGUCUGACAACUAUCUUGUUGGAAGUUUACCAGAGGAGAUUGGUAGGUUGAAAAGUUUAAGUUAUGCAAACCUUGCCAGGAAUAAUCUUUUCGGGCCAGUUCCUUCAUCCUUGGAAAAUCUUAAUAGUUUACAAGUACUGGACUUGCAAGGAAACCAAUUCAGUGGCACCUUGCCCAAAGGAAUUGGUUUUCUCCCAAAUCUGACAGAGCUAUACCUUACGGGAAACAGAUUGGAAGGUCAGUUGCCUGCCUCCCUCGGAACUGUCAGCGAUCUGCGGAUUCUGGAUGCCUGUGACAAUCGACUAAGCGGAGAAUAUCCUCCUGAAAUAUGUAGGGCAAAGCAACUUACUGUAUUGUGUCUUUGUAAUAAUUCCCUAGUAGGAAAUAUCUCGUUGAUUUUGAAGGAUUGUAUCUCAUUGAGAAGAGUUCGGCUUGAAAAUAACCACUUCACAGGUCUCAUUCCUUCAGAAAUCUCAAAAGUGUCUGGUCUGGUUUACCUGGAACUGUCCUUCAACAGACUUCAUGGAGAGAUACCUGCCGAGGUAGGCCAACUCAACAACCUCACUGCUCUCUUUCUCGGUGGAAAUCACUUAAAUGGAAGUAUUCCUCGUCAAAUUGGGGAUCUCACAAACCUGGUCAGGCUCAAUUUGAGCAGCAAUAAUUUCAGCGGAAAUAUUCCUCCCCAAGUCGGCAGACUCGUGAAUUUAGAAAAACUAGAUCUCAGUCGGAAUUCAAUUGAAGGUGCUAUUCCUCGACAUCUCGGCACCAAUUUUUCUUCCUUGUCCAUCUUAAAAUUAAGUUCCAACAAUUUAAGUGGAACUAUUCCGACUUCUCUGGGCGAUUGCUCAAGUUUGAUAGAGUUAGACAUGUCUCGAAACCGACUUGAGGGAUCGAUUCCCAGGGAAAUAGGAAAACUUGUGAAUCUGCAAACAGGGCUGGAUCUCAGUUGGAACAGGCUAUCUGGUUCUCUUCCACCGGCUAUUGGAAAUCUGCUGUUGCUUGAGUCAUUAGACGUCUCAUUCAACCAACUAUCUGGUAAGAUUCCACCUGCUUUCUCAGGCUUGAAACUUCUUUCUAAAUUCAAUUUUUCCUUCAAUCGAUUCGCGGGCCGAAUUCCUCCUCUGGAAGCUUUCUCCGAGGGCGCCGCAAGCGCCUUUUAUGGGAACGAUGCUCUGUGCGGACCACCCACUUCCAAUUCCUGCUUGGAAAGUACUAGUAGUGAUGGUACUAGUAAUAACAAGAGCUUGGGGACUGGCAGCAUAGUUGGAAUUGUUAUUGCCGGGUUGGCUACUGUUAUGAUUGUCAUAGUAGGUCUUGUGUAUUACCGGAGCAAGCUAACUGGACAAGAUGAAGAAUUGAACGAAGAGGAGAACACAGUUAAUGGAUCAUUCAGCAAAGUGGAGGUGGAUAUUCCCGGAGGUUAUAGACACAGGAUUACUUAUCAAGAAAUUUUGAACGCCACGGAAGAAUUCAGUGAUAAUUUUCUAAUUGGCUCUGGUAGUUUCGGCAGAGUGUACAAAGUUCUUCUGACGCAAGCCGAGAAUAGUCUGGCAAUCGCUGCGAAGGUCUUAAGACUGCAGGAAGAAGGGAAAAGAAGUUUGAUGCGUGAAAUAGAAGCUCUGAAGUUCGUGCGCCACAGAAACAUUGUGCGACUUCUUGGGUUCGUGUAUGGGGGCAGCAUCAACAUGGAUAUUCUGCUCUUCGAAUACAUGGCAAAAGGUUCUUUGCGGGAGGCACUAAAAUCACAGAGGCUGGGGUGGAAGAUUCGACUGAAUAUAGCUCUGGGAGUGGCGCAGGCUAUGAAAUAUUUGCACCACGACUGCAGACCUCCAAUCAUACACCGUGACCUUAAAUCGACCAACAUUUUGCUGGACGAUGAGUACGUAGCACAUGUGGCUGACUUCGGCCUUGCAAAAUUGAUCUAUCCAGAAGUUCAAAGCAGUAGCUCCUCCGUUUAUGUUGGGAGUCAUGGCUAUAUGGCUCCAGAAUGGGGCUACGGAGGAAAACCUUCCCCGAAGCAAGAUGUGUUCAGUUUUGGAGUUGUGCUGCUCGAAUUGGCUACUGGAAAAGCAGCCAUCGUGGAUGAGGAAGGAGGAGAAAGCAGAGGUCUGGCUGAAUGGGCUGGUAUGGUGAGAAAGAAAGAUUGCCACAUUGUCCAGGGUUUAAUAGAUCCAGAGCUGCUAAAUGAUUAUGAAAAAUGUGGAAAUGAAAUUGAAAAAGUAAUAGAGAUUGCCCUCCUCUGCACUCGACCGUCUCCAAUAGAGAGGCCAUCCAUGCGAAGAGUAGUGGACUCGCUUUCAUCCCCAUCUUCACUGGUACUGGAAUAUGCCUCAGUAUAAAUAAUUAGUAACUGACUAUCUAUGUACAUGCCAAUUAUGUAUUCUGGCGAAUACAAUCAAUAAACGUUUACACGUAUAUGAUUAAAUAAAUACAU